AUGGAGAGAGUGGAGGAAGUGGUGGAUAGAGGGAGGGAAGUGGAGGAGGACCUGUUCGAUAAUGCCAUGAACGGCGACUGGGAAAAAGUUGUGGGGCUCUAUAGAUCAUCAGAGAAUGUUCAUGAUUUGGAAAUCACCAAAAUGGGGGACACUGCUCUACAUAUCGCUGCUUUCGAUGGCGAAACAAAAAUUGUGCUGGAUUUGCUGGAGAUCCUUAAAGAAAAUGCAUCCAAGAUAUUGAAAAUAAAAAACAAGAAAGGCAACACACCUCUCCAUUUAGCUGCUGUAGUGGGGGAUGAGGAAACGUGUCAUGCAAUGGCCACUAAAAACCCCAAACUCGUGUCGUCUCGCAACAAUGAGAAUGAGACCCCUCUCUUCUUGGCAGCUCUUAAUGGGCAUGAGAAGGUUUUUCUUUGCCUCCAUAGUCACUGUGUUGAAGAAGGAUGCUAUUCGUUUAGGACAAGUAAUGGUGAUACCAUUCUUCAUGCAGCUAUCUCCGGUGAAUACUUCAGUAAGUGUGUGUCCUACCCAUUCCUAAAGAGUGCUGUUAUUUGUACCAUCACAUUGUUGACCACAUCUCGAAUAUAA